GUGAAGGGCCGGGCAGUGAUGAGCGGGCUGUGAAGGGGCCGGGAGGCGAUGAACGGGCUGUGAGGGGGCCGGGCGGCGAUGAACGGGUCAGGGCGGCUGCCGGCCGGGCCCGCGGAGCAGCUGGGCGCGAACGGCAGCGGCCCCGCGGAGCUGCGGGAGGGCACCCACGCCGCCACGCUGGCCGCCUGCGCCUCCCUGCUGGCCCUCGUCUUCUGCCUCGGCUCCUACGGCAACCUCAUCGUGCUGCUCUCCUUCUUCGACCCGGCGCUCCGGAAAUUCCGCACCGACUUCGACUUCAUGAUCCUCAACCUCUCCUUCUGCGACCUCUUCAUCUGCGGCGUGGCCGCCCCCAUGUUCGCCUUCGUGCUGUUCUUCGGCCCGGCCCGCGGCGUGCCCGGCGCCUUCUGCUUCACCUUCCACCUCACCAGCUCGGGCUUCAUCAUCAUGUCCCUCAAGACGGUGGCGGUGAUCGCGCUGCACCGGCUGCGCAUGGUGCUGGGCAAGCAGCCGCACCGCGCCGCCUCCGCGCCCUGCUCGCUGCUGCUGACGCUGCUGCUCUGGGCCGCCAGCUUCACGCUGGCCACGCUGGCCACGCUGCGCACCCGCGGCUCCUCCCGCCUCUGCCUGCCCAUGGCCAGCCUGCCCGGCGGCCAGGGCAAGCUCAUCCUCUACCUCUAUGUCACCGACUUCAUCUGCUGCGUGGCCGUGGUGUCCGUGUCCUACGUGAUGAUCGCCCAGGCGCUGCGCAGGAACGCGCGGGCGAGGCAGGGCCGGCCGGCGGUGGCCGCGGGUACGCCCAGGGCUCAGCCCUUCGCGGGCCCGGAGCUGUACCGGACCCAGAGCUGCAGCAAGCCGCCCCACGGGCACGCCAAGCUGGCCGGCCGCCUCCCGCUGGCCUCGGCCGUCAACCUGGCCGCGGCCAAGGACUCCAAGGCGGUGGUGACGUGCGUGGUCAUCGUGCUCUCCGUCCUGGUGUGCUGCCUGCCCCUGGCCAUCUCCUUGGUGCAGGACGUGCUGUCCGGCAGCGGCGGCUUUGUGCUCUACCAGUUCGAGCUGUGUGGCUUUACCCUCAUUUUCUUCAAGUCGGGGUUAAAUCCCUUUAUCUAUUCCCGCAACAGCGCGGGGCUGCGGAGACGCGUGCUGUGGUGCCUGCAGUACGCGGCCCUGGUCUUCUUCUGCUGCAAGCACAAGACGAGGCUCCGAGCCGUGGGCAAAGGCAGCCUGGAGGUCAACAGGAACAAGUCGUCGCACCACGAGACCAACUCAGCCUACGUGUUGUCUCCGAAGCCUCAGAAGAAGGGUUUGGAGCAGAUUGGCGCCAGCCACUCCAAGGACAGCGUGCUGAGCCCCAAGGCGUCGGCGGGGCAGCAGCACUACGGGCAGAGCAGCUCCACGCCGAUGAACACGCGGGUCGAGCCCUACUACAGCGUGUACAACAGCAGCCCCUCGGCCGAGGGCAGCACCCCGCACAGCCUGCAGCCCGCGGGCUCCUCCUUCGCCUUCGCCAAGCCCUGCGGCGGCGCUGCCCCCGCCAGGCACAUCCCGCUGCCCUCCGUGUAG